AUGCCGAAAAUGAAGCAUCUACUCAGAAAGCUUCACAUCGGUGGUGGCGCUGCCACAAUCAAUAAUCAUAAUCCAAACGCAGCAUUGCAGCUUUCUCAUUCUGAUUCUCACACUACUACGGCGCCUCUUCCUUCUUCGUCUUCUUCUCUGUCUCCGUCUCCUUCUCCUUCACCGUCUCCCUCUCCGACAGUUGUGCAGAACCCUCCGAACGACGUCGUCAUCGACCGAGGUGUUGCGGAUUUCAAUCUUUUGCAGGAGGAAGAGUUUCAGGUUCAAUUGGCGCUUGCGAUUAGCGCUUCGGAUUCCGAUCCUCAUGAUGUUGAUGAAUCUGCUCAGAUCGAUGCUGCUAAACAGAUCAGCCUGGGAUAUUCUGCUGCGCUUACUGAUACUCCCGCGCUUGUUCAGUUUCAAUCGCUGCGUUAUUGGAAUUACAAUGUCAUUGCUUAUGACGAGAAAGUGAUGGAUGGGUUUUAUGAUGUCUAUGGGAUCGACUCAAGUUUAAUUGAACGGGGAAAGAUGCCAUUGUUGGUGGAUCUGAAAACCGUGCCCACCUCACGAAAUGUUGAUUAUGAAGUAAUCUCGGUGAACCGCAUUGUCGAUGUUGAGCUAAGUCAGCUUGAGAAAAAAGCCUGCACCUUGUUUGAAGAGUGUUCUGUUUCUGAACUAGGAUUGUUUUUGAGUGGCUUAAUUCAGAGACUUGCUGAUGUUGUUGUUAGUAGAAUGGGUGGACCGGUUAGUAAUGCUGAUCAAAUUAUGGAAAAGUGGACUAUGAAGAGUCGUGAAUUGCGAGAUUCUUUAAGAACUGUAGUCCUUCCUCUUGGUUGUUUAGAUGUUGGACUUUCACGUCACCGUGCCCUACUUUUUAAGGUACUUGCUGAUAGGAUUAAUAUUCCCUGCAUGCUUGUAAAAGGGAGCUAUUACACAGGAACUGAUGAUGGGGCUGUGAACUUGAUUAAAGCUGAUGAUGGAAGUGAAUACAUUAUUGAUAUGAUGGGUGCUCCUGGUACUCUCAUACCUGCUGAGGUGCCCAGCAGUCAAAUCCAAAACUAUGGCUUUGCUGGUAGGGGUUUUACAGAGAUUGCAGAGCAGCCUAACAACAUAUACCAAAUGCUUGGUAACGAAACUGGUGUGCUGGGAGUAUUGUCUGAUUGUAAUGUAGGGAGGGUCCAGACAAAAGGAUUAGUAGAAAUCGGCAGUCAAACAAAGCCAGAUGAAAUGAAUCAUGUUAAGGUAAAUGAAGCAGGGAGAUUUGAGCAUACAGAAGCAUAUGAAUGCUCAUCACACUCAGAGUCAUCACAUGCUGAAAACAUGCAUGUAAAAAAUGUCUCCAAGUACGUUCUCAGUGCCGCAAAGAACCCAGAGUUUGCCUCAAAACUGCACACCAUUCUUUUAGAAAGCGGUGCAUCACCUCCUUCUGAUCUUUUUUCAAAUAUGAAUUCCAGAGAUAGGGGUUUAGAUACUGUUCAAGCUGAUCCAAAUCGGCUGUUAUUAUUAAGUUAUGAUACGUCUCUCACACUCCCUCAAGGAGUGGGCUCUGCUGGUAAUACUAGGUUAUGUCAAUCGGCUGGCCAGUUAGCCAAAAAGCCAAAGGAAUUCCGGACAGAUGCCAAUGAAUUUUAUGAUUCUUCUCAGAUUAGUAGUACAAGGAAUCCUUUUGCAACUGUUUCUGGUAAAGAUGGUGAUAUACAACAAUCUAAUCCAUUAAUUGUUGACUUUGCUUCUCUUAAUACAUGCAACACAUGUAAAGAUAAGUGUCCCGAGUCUUCCUUGCCCAAGGCAGUAUUUUCUUGCAAAAGGCACAAUGGCGUUGAAUGUUUUUGUGACAAUGAUGAAAGUGGUCCUAGUAAUGAAGCUGGAGCUUCUCUGAAUAACAUUGAACUUGGGACUGAUUCAGUCAUUCAAACAAACGAGACAGUUGAUGGAGAUUGUAUCCUACAUGAUGAUGGUAAAAGCAAGAAAGUUCACCCAAUACUUGGUGAAGACACACAAUGGGAAAUUCAAUGGGAGGAUCUUCGUAUCGGCGAGCGUAUUGGUAUUGGUUCUUAUGGUGAAGUUUACCGUGCUGAUUGCAAUGGCACUGAAGUUGCUGUAAAGAAGUUUCUAGACCAAGAUGUCUCUGGUGAUGCACUAGAUCAGUUCAAAUCGGAAAUUGAGAUUAUGCUAAGGCUGCGCCAUCCUAAUGUUGUGCUCUUCAUGGGAGCAAUUACUCGUCCGCCACAUUUCUCUAUCUUGACCGAGUUUCUUCCUAGAGGCAGUUUAUAUGGGCUAUUGCAUCGUCCCAAACUUGUACUUGAUGAGAAGAGACGGUUGCGUAUGGCUCUUGACGUGGCGAAGGGAAUGAAUUACUUGCACACCAGCCAUCCUCCUGUUGUCCAUCGAGAUUUGAAGUCUCCAAACCUUCUUGUUGACCGGCAUUGGGUUGUAAAGGUCUGUGAUUUUGGUCUGUCACGUAUGAAGCACCAUACAUAUUUGUCAUCGAAGUCGUGUGCUGGAACGCCUGAGUGGAUGGCGCCAGAAGUUUUACGGAAUGAGAAUGCCAAUGAGAAGUGUGAUGUGUAUAGUUUUGGUGUGAUUUUGUGGGAGUUAACUACAACGCAAAUCCCAUGGCACGGUUUGAACCCAAUGCAGGUUGUUGGAGCUGUUGGAUUCCAAAAUAAACGUCUUGAAAUUCCAGAAGAUAUGGAUCCAGUGGUAGCUCAAAUAAUACGUGACUGUUGGCAAAGGGAGCCACACUUGCGGCCAUCCUUCUCACAGCUGAUGUCUCGUCUUUACCGUCUUCGUCAAUUGGUUGCCCGUAAGACGAGCUCUACUCAAUAA